CACGGCGUACAGCGUACACGAGGUGGCUGUGGCAGUGUGGCGCGCCAGGCGGACAAGUAGAGCCAGACGCCAGUGCGUCAUGUUCGGUCACAGCGAGUGGAACGCGUCCUACUUGCUGGGGAACGACAGUGUGCGCGGCUGGGGCACUCGGUAUUUCUUCACCUUCUACAGUGAGUUCGGGGACCGUCAUGGUGCGGCGGGGGUGGAGGUGGCGAUCCUCACCACCAUCUUCAUCACGUCUGUCGUCGCCAACCUCAGCAUCGCCGCCGCCGUCCUCAGGUACCGCGAGAUGCGGACCGUCACCAACUGCUUCCUCCUCAACCUCGCAGUGGCCGACUGUCUCUUCGUCAUGGGUGUCCCCGCCGUCGCCCUGGCCAGGGUCUCGCCCCAGUGGCGACUGGGAGACCUCGUCUGUCGACUGCUGCCGUACUCCCAGUUCGUGUGCGGAUUUGUGUUACUAUGGACUCUGACUCUCAUAUCAAUGGACCGACAUCGCUGUAUCGUGGUACCACCCUAUCGCUCCCGGCUGACCCCGAAGCUUGCCGCCCUGCUGACCGUAGCCACGUGGGCUCUGGCAGCCGUGCUCUUCCUGCCCGUGGCAUUCUGGUUCGGCGAACACCCUUCAUUGCAAAUCUGCACCCUCGUCUUCCCGCGGUAUGACGGCAUCAAUCUCUCCCUCUGCUUCACGAUUCCUGCGAUCUUCUUCACGUGCAUCCUCCCCAUGUCACUACUGGUAUACCACUACCAGAGGAUUUUUGAUAAGCUAUUGGAAACCAGGAAGCGGUGGGUGACGUCAAACGGUUACGCCGUAAACGACGGAAAGGGGAAGGAGGAUGCUUCCAGAAAAAUCUCCUUACAGCAGAUCGUCUACCCUGCACGCCACACUUCGCUCACACACCACGAGGAACUGCGCCUCAACAAGCACGUAAAGGUCGUUAGAGUCCUCCUUCUAAACGUCCUAGUCGUCCUCAUCAUGUGGCUUCCCAUAACCGUGGUCAUGUUCCUCAUCUACGUGGACGGCCGCAGACCGACAGAAGACACCGAGUUCUUUCUACGGUCCCAUUACUUCAUCUGGGCCCUACUGGUCGCUUACUCGAACACCCUGGUGAACCCCCUUCUUUACGGACUCUUGUCGGAAAAUUUUCGAGCCUGUUUCUCCCGCCUGUGGUUCGGAUCCAAGAGGAGAAAGUAUGCCUGCAAGAGUGCGCUGACCCAGGACGCCUCCAGGGUCCAUAAGUCUAGUCAGCAAAUUGAGGAUACCCAAGGUCACACCGAUAGAAAACACCGACUUUGUUACCACUUGAGCUGUAGUGAUAACACAAAUGAUCGUCAAAAAUCUAACGCUCACUGUAGCAGACAUUGUCACUCGUAUCCCGGCAGUACAGUGACUAUAGCAGACGCUCCCAGUACAGCAACCAUCCUGAAAUCAUGACAUUUAUAUUUUUAAGAUUAAGACUUGUUUUCAAGAUUUUUACCAGGGUAUAACGUAAGGAAGAUCUCAAUAUUGUAAUAUUGGUGAGCUAAAAUAUUUUUUUACCUGAUAUAAUGUUAUUACAAUCUUAGUGUUUAUAUAUUCAGCUUAGGAAUAAAUGUAUUACCAAAGUUUUUAUAUAAUUUGUAGUUAAUCAUAUGUCUGUAGUUAUCUGUUCAUUUCUAAGAUGUAUAUAAGUUGAACAGCUUUUUUUAGAAUUACAAAAUAAGUUUUUUUGAGUUGUAAAAAUAACUCAGCUGUAUAUAGAAGUGUCAGCGGAAAGAAAUAAACGGUAUAGCGGCGGAAAGCACUAAGAUGUUAAAAUUUCUUUUAGAAUCAAACCAAAUUAUGCGAAAUUAUAAUAUAUUAGUUCAGUGAA